GCGGACGCGCCGCCCUCAGGGGGCGCCCGGGGCCGCGGGGGCCGGGCCGGGGCCGGGGCCGGCCGGAGUCUGCGCAUUCAGGAUGGAUGCGAGGGGCCUGGUCCCAAAUGUUAUGGGAGACUUUAAGAAAACAGAUUACAGCAAGUGGCAGAGGAUAGAAGCAAAGGAGAGGAAAUCUCCAGCCUUCAAGUUGACUUUGCCACCGAUCACAAGCGAGGGCAAGAAGAAGAAAGGAAAGAAGAACAAGCCAGUUACAUUUAGGCUGAAUAAAAAUCCACCCUUGCCUUCAAAGACAUUACCAUCCCAAGAAAAACAUGGAAGUUUUACUCAGAGAAAAUCGUCACUCAAGGAUGCUGAAUUAGCUAAAAACUUGGAAGAUAUCAGAAUUAUCAAGCAUCUGACCAAGUUGAAGACAAAUUUCAUAGAGGAACUGAAACAGCACAGUGCAUACCUGGCAGAGACCAACUGCAGAUUGAUUGAGGACAUUCAGCACACUGAUGACCGCACUGCCAAGCAAGCCAGAGACCUGCUGCAGCAAUAUGAAUUAUUUGGGACAGUCAAGGCAACGAUGCAGAACUUCACUCAGAACCGGCUGGAUGCAGCAAGAGCAGAAUUCCAAGAAAUGGAGGAAAAAAUGGAAAAGAACCUGGGAAAACUACAGCAGCAGCUGGAUGAAGCCACUUCAAAGGUACAGGUUCUCCAGGAUGAACUUCAUGUGCUGCGGAACUACAUGGACAAGGAAUAUCCAGCAAAAGCUGUCCGGAUAGCUUUUCUGCUGCACAAGAUCCAGAACCUGAAGAAGCAACAGCAGUAUGAGAUAGAUGAGACAGAAGCACUGGGGAAAGCCUUCUUGGAGGAACUGGAAAUGCAACUGCGGGUGGAACAGGAGGAGCUAUUAGAGGGAGUGAUGGAGGAGAUGUUGCUGAAUCAUGAUGACCUGAAGCAGAUGUUUAUGAGCAAUAACAUUCUGCAAUGUGAAGUAGAGAGGCAAAGGGAGAUUGUUAAAGACCUGGCAGAGGAGAUAAGCGAGCUGAAAAGAAGCAUCCAGACACUUCAGCAGAGCAUGGGAGAUCCAAGAGAGCUCAUCUUUGCUGACAUUCUUCUCCGCAGACCCAAGUGCACACCGGAUACCGAGGUUGUCCUCAACAUCCCUACGGAGGAGACAUCUCUCAUCUAGUGCCAGGCCAGGCCUCGCUCACAGGACCGUCACCCAACGCAUAUUGGCCAGGCUUGGAUGAGGUGUGCCACAGAGCCCCUCCUUUUCCCCCCAUCAGCUCUUCUUCAUCACAGCCCUGCUCAGCUUCUUUGAGGACUCACUGGAGUUAUGUGGAGUAAGAAGGUAGAAUCCUGUAAUCUUCAUUGCUGACCCACCCUAGCUGCACUCUGUGCUUACAGCAGUCUUAUUGGAAGGAAUAUGCUGCAAGACCUAGGGAUAUGCUGCAAGACCCAUGAUGACAGCUCUUGGUGAGGCAUUACCAGCUCUUCUUGCACCCACUGCAUGAGCAGACCCCUUCCUGCCAGCAUGAUAACACCAAAGGAGUCGCAGCCAAAGGUGAAACAGGUCUUUCCAUCCCUGUGGCCUGACUGCCAUGCGAGAUCUGCGGACUGGCCUCAGUGCUGCAAGGAGCGUCAGCCAAGCUGAGCACAUCCCAGUGCGGGCUGGACUGGCGUCCCAGUGCAGGGGCCUGCGCUCGUGAAGUCUGGUGGCAGCACAAGCGCUGCUGGUGGCCGGCAGCCUUCCCCCGGCAGCACCCUGCGCUCCUGCGCUGUGCUGCUGGAGAGCUUGUGCCUGGGCAACAUCUCUGCGCCUGUUGAAGUGUUCAAAUAAAAACAACUUAAGUUUU